AUGCGUCUCUACAUACUAUCUGGCGUGAGUUUUUUCGUUGUUCCCACCCUCGCAGGCUGUCCCUACGCCCGAGAUACGGGAGACGCGGCUUACAACCUAGAGAAACCUCAUAUCCACGCGUUUCGCGAUGUUGUGUCAUCAAACUCGGAAGCUGGCUCUUUGGUUGACUCUGGCCCCGCGGUUGAAAAGAAGGGUCUGUUCUUGAUGAACCGCAUCGGCCCAGGGACCUCAGAGCUCUAUAUUGCCAACGCGGACGGCUCAAACGAGCAUCCUCUGCUGAAAGAUCCUAUGUAUGAAUACCACGCAAGCUUUUCUCCCGAUGGAGAGUGGAUCACCUUCACAGGCGAGCGCAACGGCGACGGAAACUCUGAUAUUUACCGAGUACGCCCCGAUGGCUCCAACCUUGAACCAAUUCUCGAGUCUCCAGCAGUGGAAGAUAGUGCCGUGUUGUCUCCCAAUCGGACCUUUGCUGCAUAUGUCUCAACGGCAAACAACCACAAAGCCAAUAUCUGGGUCAAGAACCUGAAUAAUGGUGCCACAUGGAACAUCACCGAUACGCCAGCCAACCGCCCAGACGAAGCUCUGAUGGGCGGUCACUUCCGCCCUGCGUGGUCGCCAGAUGGUGAAUGGAUUGCGUUUUCAUCGGACCGCAAUACUGAGUGGGAUGGCCAUGGGCCCAUUACCUACCGUGGUCUUGCUGGCUGGGAGCAUACACAGGAGCUUGGGAUAUACGUUAUUCGACCUGAUGGUUCCGAUCUUCGCUGUGUGACUCGUCGCCCUGGGUACUCUCUUGGAUCUCCGAAAUGGUCUCCGGAUGGCAGACGUAUUGUGUUCUACGAAAUGACUCGCGAAAAUACAUGGCAUGCGCAUCGCCCUGUGUAUACGACGACUCCAAAUUCCUCGAUUGUCUCCAUCGGGUUUGAUGGCAAGGACCGACGGACAGUAGUUGCUGGAACUGGUGUUAGGGUCUUCCCUCAGUAUGUCACUGACACUGUGAUUGGGUAUCACCUCAAGAUUGGCGCGAAGUAUGGCUUACAUCUUACCAACGGCACAUACUACAAGACCACUAUCCGCUCUCCGUCGUGGUCUCCUGAUGGAAACUAUAUGGUGUAUGAGAGGACCGGCUGGAGCACUCGUCCCCUUUACAAGAAGCUUUAUAGCUGGGACUCCGAUUGGGACUACGGAUUCACCGAUGUCUUGCCCCAGAUUUCUUCAAAGGGAGAAGUCGUUAUCACUGCAAAGUUCCUUGCUAAUUCUUCGAUUAUGACCUUUGACAAGGAAGGGAAGAACAUUUCACUAAUCUACGACCCGAAAACGACUGGGCUUACGCGCCGCCAGGAGGUGGAAACUGGCUUGGCCGGUGCAUACAAUCCCAGCUGGUCCCGGGACGGGGAAUCGCUCGCUUUUGGGGUUGGCGCUUGGUUUGAAGACAGAGGAGUAUAUGGAGGCUGGAUUGUGCGCUCGACAAAGAACGGCAGCUACUCGGAGACCCUCACCAACAGCAAUGACACACUGAUAGGUGGAGACAAGCUCAAUACCGGCUUUCCCAGCUUCUCUCACGAUGGCAAACAGAUCGUCUAUCGGGUCUGGGGUGCUGAUACCAAUGAAUACGGCAACAAAACACAGACUGGUCUCCACGUCAUCGACCUCGAGUCUAGGAAUGUUACCCAGCUCACCAGUGACUGGGAUAACUUCCCUGCCUUCUCGCCGGAUGGAAAACUCAUCGUCUUCACCCGAAAGACCACCCCGACAAACUACGAGAUCUGCACUAUUCGGCCUGAUGGCUCUGAUCUGCGGAUCCUCACCAGUAGCGGUGCUAAUGAUGCGCAUGCUGUCUGGCGUCAGGAUGGCAAGAUCAUGUGGGCUACAGGCAUGUAUGGCUUCCAGUAUGAAUGUGCUUUGUACGAUCAUACGUUUCAGCCCUACAGUCAGAUCAUGCUCAUGGACUCGGAUGGCUCCAAUAAGCGUCCUCUCACCAACUCCAUUUGGGAAGACUCCAAUCCCCUAUUCAUUCCGAACAAUGGUUUUUGA